GAUGUCCAAGGUCCCUACUUACCCGCUUGCUCGGUGUUCGGGGAUUUCUCUACUAGUAAUGCUGCUUGUUUACGUUCAUGUUUACACUGUUGGACCUUCAGCGAUGAUGUCGACUUGAUGUAGAACAGUGGGCAGCAAUAGAUAUCUAUACAAGAAUGGCCAGGAUGCCACUCAAGACCUUGGCCCUGUUAUGGAGGCUUCCCUGCAACAGUCAUACUCCGCGCACCACACCAACACUUCGACAAGAAACCGAGAAGUUGGCCUUUCUUGGCCAGAACCGUAUUCGUAUUCCUGUUAUCCGCCUGCGCAGAGGCGUCAAGAAGUGUCUGAUCUUGGAAGUUGACGCAGAUUGGGGAUCGCCGACACUCGACAACAAGGACGGUGCUGGCAUCAUCAAGUUAUUUGUGGGAAACAAGUGAGCACCCCUCCCUAACAUGUGGCCGCUACUCUUCAGCUUGCAGUCCGAAACUGCCUCACGCUACCCGUAUGGCCCCCUUUGG